UUGGGGCAGAUAUUUUUGCAUCAUAGCUGAAAGGUGAAGUAAUGUAACCUUAUGGCAUCCUGGUGCAUUUCUUACAUUACAUUGGCCCAAAGUCUCUUGUUUUGAGAGUUUUGAGAAUGAACAAACACAUACUUAUUAAUUUACAUUUAUCUUAUUUAGUUUAAUUUAUCCUGUAACCACAUCUUUAAAGUGCCAUUAAUUUUCAUCAUUUUUCGAGGCGUCUUUCAGCCCUGCCCCUAUUGUAAACGUGGUAGAUCCGCCCCUGCGCGUCCUAUCGCGCUGCUGCUACUUAGUUGUUACAUGCGGACAAUACGCUGGAUUCCGGUCGCGUUUAUCGCGUAGAUCUUGCUGAAUCUGCAGUGGUUUCGGUGAUUUUCCUGCCUGACACACAGCGGCAGAUGAACACAGAUCACUUGUAGAGAUCAGCAGACGCUUCAAACUGGAAGAGCAGCGUGUGACCCGCCCGGUGCUCGCUCGCCUGCCGCCUGGUCGCUGUCAAGAAAAGGAAACGCCCCAGCUUCCUCGUACCGGCGGAUCGUCGCCGCCGUCCGCCGCCGUCAGCUGUGUCACUUUUCACGUGAAACUCCGAGCGGAAGGACGAACCUGGCAACUCGUCCGCGACUUUUAGAGACUCGUCACAGACGUGUAUUUUCUUUUAAAACACCUGAGGUCUUCCUCACAGGUGGAACAUGAGGGAGAUGCACUGAGGAAGAAUAGAUGAGCUGAAGUCGCUGUCUUGUCCUCGUCCAGUGUCAUAAAGUCGUAGCUGAGCCUCACUCCACCUGCAUGGACCCCACCUCCCACCGCUCCACACUGAAGACCGUUCCCCGAGUCCUGUGAGAACAUGUUGACGGCUGAAUCUGAGCCGCGCUCGGACGCCCGGGCCCUGGAGGCGCAGCUGGACUUCUUCCACAAGCUGGGCUACUCCACGGCGCAGGUCCAGGCCGUCCAGAGGAAGUUUGGCCCCAGCAUUGAUACGGACAAGCUCCUGGGGGAGCUGGUGAAGGUCGGGGGGGCGGCGGCGGCCACCGUGUCGGUGCUGGUGCCCAGAGGAGACCUGCAGGCGCGCGGUCCCGCGCUGCAGGUGCCCGUCACCGCGCGCUCCCGCAGCAGGGACGGCGACAGCGACGAGGACGAGGAUGCGCUCAGGCCCAUCGUCAUCGACGGCAGCAACGUGGCCAUGAGCCACGGCAACAAGGAAGUUUUCUCGUGUCUGGGAAUUCAGUUGGCCGUGAACUUCUUCCUGGAUCGAGGCCACACGGAGGUGACGGUGUUUGUUCCGUCGUGGAGGAAGGAGCAGCCCCGGCCGGACGUGCCCAUCACAGAUCAGCACAUUCUCCGCGACCUGGAGAGGAGGAAGAUCCUGGUGUUCACGCCGUCGCGCCGCGUCGCCGGCAAGCGGGUCGUGUGCAACGACGACUGCUUCAUCGUGAAGCUGGGCUACGAGUCAGACGGCGUCGUCGUGUCCAACGACAUGUACCGGGACCUGCAGGGAGAGAAGCCGGAGUGGAAGCGCUUCAUCGAGGAGAGGCUGCUCAUGUUCUCCUUCGUCAACAACAAGUUCAUGCCUCCUGAUGAUCCUCUGGGGCGCCAUGGACCCACCCUGGAGAACUUCCUACGACGGUUCCCGAAAACGCCCAAGAAACAGCCGUGUCCCUAUGCGAAGAAAUGUACAUAUGGGAGCAAAUGUAAGUUUCUCCACCCUGAGCGAGCCAAACAGCCCCACUCCUCUGCAGACGAGCCCCGGGGGAACGCCAAGCACCCGUCCACAGCUCACAAACAGCCCUCGGCCCGGUCUAGUCCGGUGCCUGGACAGAGCCUGUCGCAGGUGGAGGACAUGGCAAAGAAGCUGACGCUAAGGCAGGAGGGCAGCCCAGAUCACAGGAACGAGCCCGUGGUCCAGGUGAAGGCCAACCACCGCUCCAGCAGGAGAGCAGCGUCUAGAAAGGAGAAGAGCCAGCAGCCGACCUCGGACUACGGCUCCCAGGAGCAGCUGGACUCUGGCUUAGGCUCCAUAGACAGUCAGCCAGCGGAGGCUCCCUCCUACGGCGGCUGCCAGCAGAACCACAGUGCGAGGCACCAGCACUGUGCUCCUAGAAGUGCCCCGUGCAGCUGCUGCCCCAGCCGGCGGCCCCCAGCGGACCUCCAGCCGCACGGCGCUGCAGCUAGCAGCUACGCCGCCCACAUGGCUCCCUACAGCCCCCAUCACUGUGCCAGCUACGGCGCAUACACGCCCAGCCUGCCCCCGUACAGCUGCUCGGCCUCUGCCCAGCACCACCCGCAGCACUACUGGUCCGCUCAGCCCGGGGCGCCGGCCCGGACGGUCCGCAGCCUGCCAGCGGAGGGCGAUCCCAGCGCCAAGGAGAGAGAGGUCAUCCGGAAGAAGCUCCUCGCCAUCUUCAGCGCCCCGCUAGUCGACGCGGCAAUGAACAUGUCGCCCCAGACGCUGGAUCCUCAAAUACUCGUUGCUGAGAUUCUGAUGCUGCAGAGUCAGAACCGCUCGCUGAGGUGAAGCCUGAAAUCACGUCUUUCUGUGGAAAGGCUGAAGAGGCCGUCGAAGCGGUGAUAAACAUGAGUUUGUGUUUCCUGUAUUGUGGUAUCCACCCCUGACGCUUUGGAGUUGUCUCUCACCGGACAGAAUAAGAGGCUGCAUGUUGUUGAUACAAAUUGUAUCUUUAUUUUAAUAUCUAAAAAUGACUGUGGACUUAAAUGCCACUUCCUGGAAUUAAAAGGGACGCCACGCAGAUUUUCUGCUAAAGUCGAAGACAAGUGAUCUUUUUUAUGAGGAGUUGUUGACUGAGCUUAUGUUAGUGAUGGUGUUUUCCUGGAUUUCUUCAUAGACCAGCGAUAAAACAAUGUGUAGUUGGUGUCAUAUUGGCACUGCACACGGCUGCAGCAUGCUAGUUUUCCAUGAAAACAUACGUUUGCAGCCGUGCUCACAUUAGUGCAAAACAUUUUCUAAUGAUCACUUUGUUACUCAUUUGUAAUCAAAGGUUUUAUUAUCCCGUUUCUGUGUUUAUUCAGUUUUUUGUAUUAUUAACCUGCUGCAGCAGUUACUUGCUGUAAGCUUUUUUUAUGGUAUUUAUGACAAGUGACAUGACAAAAUUUAAAUCAUUGAAAGCAAGAUUAAAAAAAUGUCAGUGGGAAUUGUGCUAAUUAUAGUUAAAUUAAAGUCAAUAGAGAUAAUAUAAAGUAAUGUUCA